UACCAUGCACCUGCACCUAGUACUGCAUUAGAUCUGGUUUUGUCUGUGCCCUGGUUGGAGAAGGGCGGAAGCGAGGAAAGCCCUAUGCAAAUUGAUCAGCAGGUGCGGGCCGGCCGGCGGGAGAUGAACUCGAGCUUUCAAACCGCCCCAAGAACUACAGAAUUAAGAAAUUUAUGAAUCUUUCUGAUACUCCCUAGUGUCGCCGCAGGGUGCAAACACGUGGCCGCAGAUAGAUCCCAUCGCCGGUGAUAAUCCGUUUCCUCUGCAGUCCUCCAGCCCGUGAUGGUCGUUCCCAGGAGAGAUGAAGACGAGGACCUCGAUUUGGACGGACCGGUGUCAACGCAGUACUUGACCCCUCCUUUAGAGGAAGAAGACUGGGAGGAAGAGCUCAGCGACCAUCCCUAUGGCGCGCAGGAUGUCAUUCGUUUGGAAAGGAGUCCUCUGGAUGGCUUGCCGUGGCAGGAGGAGUCGCUGUACAGUCCGGCUUCCCACCACGCUCCGCCGGUGAGAUGGGUUCUCACCACCACCCCUACCGUCCCGGGACAGUUUGAGGACGCGGAGGAUGGGGAAGAGUGAAGUCUUUUUGAGAGGCCUGUUGUCUAAUGAGCAAAUCUUCUUUGAAUUCAUAUCGGUAAUCUUGGGACCAUGGAAAUUCUUUUGGCUGCUCCAGCUGUUUUGUUGUUGCUCUUGGUGGGUGUGUCCAUUGCAUAUUUACAGAAAAAGGAACAGCACAAUCAGGAGUCAUGUAGAGUACGCCAACAGUAUGAAAAUCAGAGACUGACUGUAAUCAACCGAAAUCAACGCCUCGGUGACAGACUAACAGACAUGGAAUGUGAAGUAACCUGCCUGAAACAAAGUGUGAUAUCAGAGAGAAAACUAAAAGCAGCGCUGAAAACAGAAAACGAAGCAAUGCAGAAUCUUAUUUCCUCUCUGAGACAUGAAAUAAAUGAACUAAAAGCUGCCAACAGAUGCAACAGAGCUCAGCCAGCGCAGAAUUGGCCAGGCCCAGGAAUGUACACUCCGAAGCCUAGAUCUGUGGUCUCCAAGAUCAGAUUGGCCACCAACAAGCCUGGACAGGGCUCCAAGACUUCUGAACACCCCACCAGCGAUCACCAGGACAUAGAUGUGGAGCUGCUGAUUCUGAAUCAUUUCUUUGAAGCCUUUGUGGACGUAUCUCUUGAUAAGCUGGAAGUAGCCAAGCACAUUGUACAGCCAAUUGUCAAUGCCAUUUUUGGACACAUGCAAACCCCUCAGAAACCAAGUGAGCCGAGAGUGGUUGGAGAAGGUCCUCUAAAGAGUGGCAGCGUUGAGGAGCAGCUGAAAGUCCUCCACCCUGAUGAAUUUGAUUACAUGUUUCCCAUUGAGAUGCCGCACGGGGUGUCGCUGGACUUUUCCUUUUGCCACCAGAUAUCUGAUUUCCCCAGAGAGUCCUACGGAUUUGGAAUGAUAGCUGUCCAAACCGUGCUCGGUGAUUCACAGGACAGGUUCCUGAAGUCUUUUGUAGAGGGAAAGUUCCUUCAGGCAGAUCAAAUGAAGAACUGGUUCAAAGGCAAAACACAGAAAGGUAUCGACCACUUCAAUGCGAACAAGCACACCAUUCUCAGAAGCACAGCAAUGUCCAGCGUAAACCCAGUGCACUGUGAUAUAACUGCUAUAAAACUCUCCGAGAUUGGAGCUGGGGUGUGCCUCACAAUAAAGUACAAGGAUGCUUCCUUCAGCGUGGACCUGAUCCCUUCUGUUAAAGUGGAAGCAAGGGGAGACAUGUAUCUGAUACCGAAGCCGUGCAAAAAAGAAAUAUGGGCUGGCGAUAAACAGGUCAAGAGGAACUCGCUCUGGCGUCUCUCGUUUUCCAUGUAUGAGAUGAAGCUCAUGAACAUCUUGACAAAGAGCUUGCCUUCAUCAUGUCACACUGACAGCCUAAAGAUCGUGAAGGCCCUGAGAGACCUCGAUGUGGACAAUAACCCGUCGUCUCAGCUCUCCUCCGUGCUGACGUCCUACCACCUCAAAAGCAUGCUGCUGCAGAUACUGCUGAGUGACCUGCGGAGGGCCCCGUCCUGUCUCAAGGACAAGUGGAGCCGCGCCUGCCUAGCGGACAGGAUUAAAGAGCUCCUGGAGGUCGCCCAGAGUUCAGCCAGGAGCAAGGAGCUGCACCACGUCUUCCUCUGCAAUGAUCUGAAGACCUUGUCGUUGAACAACUCUGACCUGCACAGCCUGUUAGGAGUCCCGGACUGGGCUGUCCCCCGCAACGACUUGGGACACGUCAACUUGUUCUCCGAAAACUUCAUUGACCCCAAUUCACUCGACCAGAUCAGCGCGAGGAUUAAAGACAUCCAGGAGCAGUGGCUCAAUGUCAUUUACCGCCACGUUUCCCCUCUGUCCAUGAAGAUAAUGAGUUGACCUGCUGCAUGUGUUGCAGGUUGCGUAGAUUGUAUAGUUAAAGGUUAGAAAGGGCUAGGUCAAGCAGACAAACGUUUCAGCUAGCGGCUUCCAUCGAUUUAAUGAUCAUUAAAAUGACAAAGGCAAGCUGAAGUGAUUGUCUACUGCACUUACACGUUUUACCUUAAACUGUGAUCAACCUCAGUGUGUAUCUCUUACUUCCUGAAUUGCUACAUAGAUAUGGUCGUGUGUAAUACUGUACAUUACCCAUGUUCAGGGCCCUUUGGUUGUUGGUUUUAAUCUUACCGUAUAUUAAAAUUUCCUGGAAUUUACCUGUGUUUAUUAAAAAAAAACAUGUAAAUAAUUCUAUUUUUUUUGGUAAUAUUGGGGGACUGAUGGAAAUCAGCUAAAGCCCCUUUCGCACUGGCACUCGGUUCUGGCUCCCCGGGUCUCAAUCCUGCGUAGUGUGAAACCACGUCCCAGCGACCCACCUCAGGAGGUGGGUUGACAUGCUUUGAUGGGUUGAGCGAGACAAAAUACAUGACGGUGGACUAACAAAUAACAAACAGCCACGUCUGCGUGAAGGGUUCACUUCCGCAAGGAACGUUUUUGUUUAUUCUGUUUAGCCAUAUUUGUGUUGCCCGAGACGCACCAUGAGCCAGACUGCAGCAGGGAUGAAGAAACAUUUGCUCUAAUCAACAUUUGGGCGGACGGUUCAAUCCAGAGAAGCUUGGAUGGAAGCGUCGGUAAGGUUGUGACCCGGGCAGAGCAUGCCAGUGUGAAAGGGGCUUAAGUUGCUUAUCUGUGGUGAAUUCUAUACCAGGUGUGUGAGUGAGUAAUGCUGUAUCAGUGCUGAUGUGAAUUGAACAAACAGCCUUUUAUUGCAGUCUAUAUAAAAGGUACCUAAAUAACAGGAGGCUCAGAGACAUCAAGCAAAGUAUUUCCUUGUUGAGAAUUCCAGUAAUAAUUGGAAAUAGCUGGUAGUCCAGGGGCCAUGUUCACAAGGCAGUUUAGUAGAAAUCCGCUGAGCCAGUCUGUAUGAUUAAAGGAUACUUUUCUUUCAUUGUUUUGUUCUGUGGAAGUGAAUUGGAUUUAGGAGGCCGCUUCCUGGCACUGCUUUGUGAAACCAGCCCCAGAUGAUCAUUGAGUGAUGGAGACUGCAAGAUGGCUAAUCAAUGACUGCUGUGUGCACUCAGAGUGUACUGUACACCUGUGGUGGUGUUUUGAUAAAUAAUCUGGUAUCGCACAUUAAGAAACCAGUAAACGCGUGUCCCAAUUUGCAGCUCUUACUGGUCACCAGUUUUCUGUAAUGCUCAUGUUUAAAUAUGUGGUGUGCAAUCCUUUUCAUUUACUUAAACGCUAGCACAUUUCCUAGUUCUGUAUGUAUAUUGUGACAGGGAAAAAUAAGCAUAUUUGUAAGAAAUAAAGCAAAAUGAAGCAAAACACUGAAUGUGCAUUUGUGUAAACAGCAGACGGAGGGAUGAUUCAUUCUGUUGACAAAUGAGAGAAAAAUCUUUAAUCCCCUAUUGUAUAAAAAUAACGUAUCGUGAUAAAAAAUGCCCUGGUUUAGACCACGCCCAUUCCACGGUUGCAUUCGCUGUUCUACAUAGCCGGUGUGACGUCAGGGAGGCGUACAUGGAAGACAACGGGAGUGUUCUGUAAGCGAAAAGGAUAUAGAACACCAUUAUAUAAUAUAUUCAUAACAUGCAUAAUACAAAGCACAUCUCCGCAUGCACGUUAUACCAUAAAUAUUAAUCGCAGUGCCACUAUUCCGAUCUUUUCCAGGCUGGCGGGCCGUGCCCGUUGUUCUGCACCGAGAUGAAACCCGUGGUGGACGCCGUGUGGACAGUGUGGAGUAUCGGAGCCUCGAUCUAUGAUUACAUUCACACCACAGCCAUGGAGGAACGCAUACACCAGCUGGAGACCGUCAUCACUGUCCAUCAGUUCGUCAUCGUGGCUCUCACAGCGGGGCUAAUCCUCCUCGUGUCCUACAUCGUGCUGAGAAAGCAGUGACCCGCAGCGGCAGCAUAAUGAUGUGUUCCAGCCAGGAGGAGGGACUGGGGCAUGAGGACAGUGGGGCGGAGACCCCACUCGAAACCAUUGCCUUAACACUGCAGGACCAAACAGCAAUGGGCUGGCACAACACCCUGAGAACAAAUAACUCAUCCGCGUACGCUGCACUCGGGCAGUUGCUUAGGUAAAAUCAUUGUUGGCAUCUCUAAACGGUCAUCUGCUGCCCCGCACUGGCAAGUCAGCCCUCAUUUGCAGUGUCUCACACGAUCAACACAUGUGGGGUGCACAGAGAUCAUGUGAUCAGACCAGGAUGGAAGGCAAGGAAAAUCCGAACAGGAAUCCAGAAGAGCCUAGCAGAAGCAGCGAGCGAGAGGCCUGUUUCCUUCUCCAGUUUUAUGUUUGGAUCCGUGCAAGGUGCUGUUCAUUGACAGGGUGAAUUGCCAUUGACGUUACCGAAUUCUUGAUAUCUGUGUCUUUUGCAGGACUUCCUGAAUCGGUGUAAUUCACUGCUUGAGGGCAUUUUCCAUAAUCAUGUCACAGAAAUGGGCUUUAUUUUUAACUGAAGAAUGUUUGCACAAUGAAAGAAUCUGAAACACGCGUUUGAUUUAUUUUAACGUCGAUACUACAAAUUGAUUUUCAGUAGAAGGAAGGGGUUCAAGUUUGGGAAUGAGGUUGGGACAUGGUAAGACAAAAAUGCAGUUAAGAUGUUUAGUUAUUUCCACAUUUCAUCAUGAAGUUACAUAAUAUUUGCACAUUUUAGUUUAACAUUGACAUUUAAAAGAAAGAAAUACAACACCUGUAUAUCUCAUUUCUAUUGAUCUUAAUCUCUGUAUAUUUGCAAUUGCAUCGGCUGUGCGUGCUUCCUGCGACUCGUCGGAGACACACACACACCCUGCCACUUAUACUUCAUUUGAUUUAAGCACUGCUUUUAUUCAGUUACACAAUUUCUGUAUUGUGUUAAAAGUCCUGUUGUUAUAGCUUAACAAUCUUGCAAUAUCAAACUCUAUUUUAUAAAACCCAUCAUAUCCAGGGUUUUAAAUGUGGUUUUAUUCGAGGGUUUCGUUUGUUUGUUUAAAUUGUACACUGGAGUGCGCAGUUGCUGCCUUUUUUUAUUUUUCAAACAAAACCAACUUUGUAUAGCGCGAAAGCCAGAAUAAUUUAUAUCAGCAAAUUGUUUUUUUCUAACUUAGUUAUGUGAAUUUAUAUGGCGUAUACUGUACUGCUGCUGUUACCCUUACAAAUAGCAGCCCUGCUGAAUUCCUGUGCUGUAUCGGUAGGUACACUGAAAUAUCAGAGACGGAUCGUGUAAAGGAUCGUGUUUUCCAAUGAGAGAGGUACCUUUACACACUUUCUGUGAGGGGUGUAUUUGUGGUAUCAAGCUUAGGGCAGCUUGCACAAGAAAGCUGAUGUUUUUGUAAGUCUUUAAAUGGACUAUAACAUCUGCAAGUAUCCUGGUAUGUCGACGCUGUACUGUACUAACACGUUUAGCUGCAUUCUGCAGCAGUGCUAAGCUGCCUGGCACACCUCAGCUGUUGGUUGUGCAUGUGACUGACUGUCUGUCUGUCUGUCCGUCUUUCUGUCUGUACUCCGCGGGACCAGUCCAAACUGCAGUGAUUCGGAUGCAGAAUUUGACAGCAGGUCACAUAGUGGACUCAAAUUUCCAUAACGUUUGCAUCUCGCCUCCAAGCCUCUUCUACAAAUGUUUUUUUUUUUUUUUUGCAGGUUAAUUUGCAUUAGAGAGAUACUGAUCAUCUCCGUGGGUUUGUUUUAGAGUAUUUAUUUAGUCUCAUUGCAGUAUUUAGUUUAGGCAGCUGGGAGAUGUACAUCCAUGCCUUCUAAACAUCAGCACACCCACUCUUCCUAUAAUCACGCACCCAGACAAUUGUCAUCUAAAAUUGUGCUUUUUGUCUGAUCCACAAAAGCGAUUUACCUUGAUAUGAAUGUGUUGCUGUCUAAGAAGACUGCAGCCCCCUCCACCCUGCCUCUAUCCGGGAGUGUCUCUCCCAGGCCCCUUAAGAAAUCGGAAGCAAAUGAAGCACUUUUGACUGUUGCUGUAACCCGGUAACAAACGGACCCCUGACAAAUGCAGUUUUAUUUUCAAAGAUUAAAAAUGACCACAAUACUUGUGGUAAACAGGAAGUAAGUUUAUUAUAUGUAUAUAUAAAAAAAAUAUAUAUAAUGCUCAGUAUCACUCUAACUCACAACAGCAAGAAAACACCAACUCUGUUGUCAGAGGCUUUCUGUAAGUACUGCUUCAUAGUGGCACUAUCUCUUUUUUAGUUGCAAUUCUUAAAGAACUGUUACUCAAGUGUUACUAGACAUUUACCUGGGGCCCUGCUCUGUCUUUGAGGACAACGCCAAAUACUGUAAACCGUGACAUUAAAACAAUAAACCUGUCCAAUACAAGUCA